AGAGGCUAGACGCUGGGCCCUCUGGGCUGUGAAGAGCUUGGUCUCCAUCCUGGGCAGUGGCGAGCCCUCAGGAGUGUUUGCAUCAGGAAGGGGCCCGCCAGGUUUCUUUUGACAGAGAAAUCCCUUUGGCUGCUUGGGAGGAUAAGGUGGGAGGAAGGGAGUGUGAAGGGGGAGCCCGGGAGGAGGCAGCCAGAACUCCGUAGUGUCUGAUUCCUUCUGGAUGUCUCUGGACAGAGUGGUCUUUGUGGGCUCCCCAGCUCUUCCCUCCCACAUUCCUCAUAUCACUCUGUGUUGAUCUGGUAUGUAUCGAGUACCAGCUGUGUACCUGGCAGAGUUUGGGGCGCUGAAGACCCAACGGUGAACAAAACAGAAGUAGGUUUCUGUUUCCUUCCUGGCCUCGUGGGCCUGACGGACUCAGGGGGAGAAAGGGACAGUGAACAUGUAACAACAAAUCAAGUGAUUUCAGAUGAUGAAAAGUGCCGAGAAGGAGAUUAAAGUUCUAGAAGUAAGAGAGCAAGAAGGGACGAGGAAGGGAGGUAAUUUAGAAAAGGAGGCCAGGGAAAUGCCCGAGGAGGGAGUAAGUUUUGCACUGAGUCUUGAAAGAAGUGAGAGCAAGCCAUGGGAUUCUAUUUUUGAAGAGCAUUCUGGGCAGAGGCAACAGCCAGUGCAAAGGCCCUGAGGCAGACGGAGACUGGCUGGUUCUGAGGAACAGCAAAGAAGCUGGUGUGGCAAAAAGAGUGAGCAAGAGGCACUGAUCCAUGUAGGGCCUUUUUGACCUUCUAGGAGUCUGGCUUUUGUCUUCAGUGAAAGAGAGAGGAGUCCCAGCGAGGGGAGGCAAGAUGUGAGUCUGCUGCUGCCUGGAGGGAGAAAACCGGAAGAGGGGAGGAGGGUACUGCAGUUGUUCAGGUGAGCUAUAUGGUGACCUGGACCAGGUGGUGGAGAUGGAGAAAUGGGACAGGCCCAGGACCGGAAAGAGCUUCUCCGAACAAAGGUGCAGUUAGGGAAAUGGUGUGGCUGUGGGCCAGGCCUAUGCCCGCCACCCUCUCUCCUGCUGCUGACUUGGGAGAGCCAUGAAGGUGCUGCUUCUCACUGGGCUAGGAGCCCUGUUCUUCGCUUAUUAUUGGGCUGACAACUUCGACCCAGCUAGCCUCCAGGGAGCCCGAGUGCUGUUGACAGGGGCCAGUGCAGGUGUCGGGGAGGAGCUGGCAUAUCACUAUGCCCGCCUGGGCUCCCACCUGGUGCUCACUGCCCACGCCGAGGCCCUCCUGCAGAAGGUGGUAGGGAACUGCCGGAAGCUGGGCGCCCCCAAGGUCUUCUACAUCGCUGCGGAUAUGGCCUCCCCUGAGGUUCCCGAGCGCGUGGUGCAGUUUGCGCUGGACAAGCUGGGUGGGCUGGACUACCUCGUGCUGAAUCACCUCGGUGUCGCCCCAGCAGGCACGGGGACCCGCAGCGCCCAGGCAGCACGCUGGCUCAUGCAGGUGAACUUCCUCAGUUAUGUGCAACUAACUUCGCUGGCUCUGCCCAGUCUGACGGAAAGCAAGGGCUCCCUGGUGGUGGUGUCAUCGCUGCUCGGCCGCGUGCCCAGGUCCUUCUCCAGCCCCUAUUCGGCGGCCAAGUUCGCAUUGGACAGCUUCUUCGGCUCCCUGCGGCGGGAGCUGGACGUGCAGGACGUGAACGUGGCCAUCACCAUGUGCGUCCUGGGCCUCUGGGAUCGGGCCUCAGCCGCAGAGGGAGUCAGGGGUGUCACGAGGGCCAAGGCGGCCCUGGGGCCCAAGGCAGCCCUCGCUGUGAUCCGCGGCGGUGCCACGCGUGCCCCCAGCGUCUUCUACCCCUGGCGCUUCCACCUGCUCUGCCUGCUCCCGGCCUGGCUGCCACGCCCGAGGGCCUGGUUCAUCCGCCAGGAGCUCAACGUGACUGCGGCCUGAGCCCCUGGGUGUGAAGCCCCUUCAUCUUCUCAGAGGGGGACCCUCCAUCCAGCCGUCCUGAAGUCAGGACACAAACCGAGACACCUCUGAGAGGGUGGCCAGGGCCCAGGACAGGGCCGUCGGGACAGAAAAGGAGAACCGAGAAAACCGACCGGCACCUGGAAACAGUGAGAACGCGUGUGAGAGCGGCAGCUGUGUCCCAGUGCCUCGUGGGGCCCGGGAAGGCUUCACCUCAGGCUUCUUGGUCAUCAUCUGCUUCCAUUUUGCAGAUGAGAAAACGGGCUCAGAGAGGUGAUGUGACUUGCUCCAGGAUUCCGGCCACACCAAACAGCUCACACCUUCCCUGAGCCCCCCUUGAAACCUUCUCUGUUCUCAUCUGGAAACACCUUAUUUGUUCUUUCAACUCAAUCUCGGGGCAUCGCCCAGCCCUUGCCCCAAGCUAGGAGAACUGUGAAGCUGUCCACCUAAUGGUGGGGUCUGAGGAGGGGGACGAGGGAAAGAAUGUGUUCUUGCUGGAUGCAGCCUCCCAUUUCAUAAUAAACAUACUUUUUCCUUGCA